CGUAAGAACGAUCAGCGGCAAAAUUGAAUUUCAACAAAAACAGCUGCGACAAACAACUCAAAAGGGCGACAAAAUGGCAAAUAUGAUGUCACAAUCAUCUUCAAAAGUGAACUCCAACGUUUCCAAGACAGAAACACGGAUGCAUCAAGCUCCGACUAUUGAUGAAUUCUCCAUUGUAAAACCGAUCAGCAGAGGGGCAUUUGGAAAGGUGUACCUUGCGUAUCGGAAAGGCAGGGAGAAGGAGAAGCUCUUUGCCAUCAAGGCCAUGAAGAAAUCUGAGAUGAUUCACAAGAACAUGGCUGCCCAGGUGACUACGGAGAGGGAUGCUUUGGCCCUGUCCAAGAGUCCUUUUAUUGUGCAUCUCUACUACUCCAUACAGACUACAAAAUAUAUUUAUUUGGUGAUGGAGUACCUGAUUGGAGGUGAUGUGAAGUCUCUGCUCCACGUUUGCGGCUAUUUUGAUGAGCGUACAGCUCUGAUGUACACAGCUGAAGUGGUGCUGGCUCUCGAGUAUCUUCAUAAGCAUGGCAUCAUUCACAGAGACUUAAAGCCUGACAACAUGCUGAUCUCAAACGAAGGCCACAUUAAACUCACUGACUUUGGUCUCUCUAAGAUAUCCAUGGACCACAAAAUCAACGUAUCCGAUAUCCUUGGUACGCCCUCUGUGGUGAAACCCCUACGGUCAGAUUCGUUUUACCGAACACCAGGACAGGUUCUCUCAUUGACCACCAACCUGACAUUUGACACACCUGGAGCAGUGCUAGAGGAAAAGUUCCGGCACCUGAGGCACACUCCGCUCUCCUCACCCCUCCUAACGUCGGUCAACAGACAAGGUCUGCCCCGCCCCAGUAGUCUUGGUGAUCUGCUCUCCGACUUAAACCGUGACAAGCGCCCCCACGCAUCCUCCCACGAUGAUGCCUCUCGUCACGGAAGGGACAGUAUAAGCGUCGCUCUUGCUGAUAGGAUACUAUCUGCAGCAAGUGAAGGUUCGCAAGCGAACAGUAGAGGACGUCCACAGGAAGACGCCGGAUCAGGAUGUCAAAGGUCAGCUCGAUUUGGGAGGUCAGCAACGAGACAAGGAGGAAGAGAGAGGGAUGUUGUGUUUGAGACACCGGUAGGGCGAGCACCGGUGAGCCGCCCCUCGAUCCAUCUCAGCUUCAGCGAUGAAAGAAGACAAUCAGGCCCUGAGGCUGCUCAGCAGACGUCAAACGAGGGGCAGUCAAUGGCGUCAUCACCGACUGAAGACGUGGCUCUGUUGGGAUCGGGAAGCGAAGUUCGUGGUCGGAAGAGACAUCUCUCGCAGGUUGAGAUGAGCCCUAUCUCGCUCCGUGCUUCCAAAGGUUGCGUCAGGAUGCUGGGCUCCGGAUCCCACAGCGGCCUGACCACAGAGAUUCAGGGACUGAGCCUGAAACUAUUUGUGGCUGAUGGAGAGGGCGAGGAGGAGGAGGAAUUAAACACUGGUAGCCAUAGAAACAGACUAAGUGAUGCAGACAGCCUCGAUAGUAGUCUGAGCGUCGAGGACAUGGAGUCAAUCAGAGCCAAGAGUUUUGAAGGAGUGGACACUCAAGGAUCAAAGGAUGUUGGCAUGGUUGAUUCAGAAGGAAGAAGCAUUAGAGACAGCUGCUACGGAAGCGGGUCACGAUUGUCCGGCGGUGUCGCAGAGGGAGGAAGCUCCUCGUUUUGUCAGGACCACGGUGACAGCAGCCUUUCAGGUCUGGAUCUGGAUGCAUCAAGGUCAUCGGCAGCUGACCCUGCCGAGAAAGAAGCGGUCAAAGUUCGGAGGUCAUCGGGAAAGAAGAAUGUCAGCUUUGACCUUGACGUCAGUAUGGAUUGCAAGUCUGAAGCAUUGGAUGUGAAAAUGCCAGGUGACAUGUCCGAGUCUUUCCAUGAUGACGAUGACCUGUCGCGGAAGGGUCAGUUGGAGCCAAGUCCGAUGGGGGAUGGGAGGAGCCAAAGUCUUGUAUCCAACCAAUCAGAGAGCAGUAUGAAGUCAUGUGAUCUGCAGGAGAGGAGUGCUCUUUCUGAACUGACAAACUUUUCGCCUGAUGAAACCGCGAGGAUGAACAUCAAACCUAGAAAUGCCUCCACUCCGGGGCCCCAAGGAACAAGACACACCCCUCUCAGAAUUGCUUUCCGUACCCCUGGACAACUCCCCUAUGUCACCCCGGCUAGAAUAUGCUACAAGACACCUGGUCGAGGUACCCUCAUAACCCCCGGCCCCACACCCCUUCGGACUCCAAAGAGUUGCAAACGGCGCCCUCAGCAGGCUGCGUGUGGACAACCACAGGAGGAGAGGAUUCUGGGAACGCCGGACUACUUAGCUCCUGAACUGCUAUUGCAACAGCCUCACGGUAUAGGAGUUGACUGGUGGGCGCUGGGGGUGUGUCUGUAUGAGUUUCUGAUCGGCAUUCCUCCCUUCUGUGAUAGCGAACCAGAUCUCGUUUUCCAAAACAUACUCAGUCGAGACCUGUCCUGGCCCGAAGGUGAUGAAGCUAUAUCAGUGAUAGCCCAGGACCUUAUCGAGAAGCUUCUUACGUUAGCCCCUGAAGACAGGCCUACAGCAACAGAUGUAAAGCAACAUGAGUUUCUUCAUGACCUGGAUUGGGAUCAUGUAAGGGAGAUGGAGCCUCCGUUUGUACCCGCCCCUGACGACGAAACGGACACAACAUACUUUGAUGCCCGGAAUAAAGCUUGCAAUUUGGACUUGUCAUCAGGAUCAUUUGCAUCUUGACUCUGCAGAUGAAAUGCUUCUAAAACAAAGCUAUGAAAAGGAGGACAUUGUACAGUAGAGGUUUGAUCAGAUAUGAUUUUAAUUGAUUUCAUUUUGAUUUGUGUGAGCAAGGGAAAUUGAUAUUAAAGACACAUACAAGUGGAGUCUCAUGGGGAAUUUGACACUGUUCAGAUGUUUCCCCAAUAAGCGAGUUCGUAAAUCGCUCUGGACAGCAUGACCCCAAAAUAUCCACAGAUCUAGACAAGAUGGAUACUUCCCACUUGUGCAUUUUCGAAUAAUCACUGCCAAAGUGAUGGAGGUGCUUCAUGAAUACCUUUUGUUUGCCUCUUGAGAAGAAUACUUCCACCUGUGUAUCAGAUAAAUGUACUGUUGGUGCAUAAAUGAAUACUGAUUACAUAACUUUCGUGAGCACGAUCCGAGUAUUCAUCUCAAUGCUUUUACAAUUUGGGUACGAAUAACCUUUAUCUGCCCAUGCGCAAAUCCUAAUUAUGACCUCACUUAUAACAGGGACUUGUUUCUCAAAGCCUUUUUUCAAUGAUAAAUGACACAAAUCAUAGACAAAUCUGCUGAUAAUGCUACGUUUACACUAUGUUCCCGACGGCCACGGCAGCCCCGUUUGCCCGAAACGUAGUGCGCCCGCGUUCUACCACGGAUGCCAGAACGUUCCCUCCCAGUCCGUCACGUUGUGAUGGGGUCCCUCACGUUUCUCACGUUCUGAUCAAGUUCUGACACGUUUUUCACGUUUCGUCAAGGCUUUGUACGGAUGAAACGUGGACGCAGGGCAGCUGUGGAGCACGUGCCGGCGGUAUAAAAAGAAGGUCUCUCAAGCAAUAGCAAUCAUGGUAUCAUGAGACCUCGCGUUGUGUCAGACCGUAGUAGAACACAGUGCGCGGUAGCGUGCCAGGCGCUUAAACCGUCCCACUACGGACCACCCCCAAGUUUUGUU